AUGGCGGGUCCCUCCCGACCUCCCGAGAAGAGGCAGGCCUCGCUGACAAGCUUCUUCACCAUCAAUGGACUGAGCAAGAAGCACGCCGGUUCCGUGGCGAAGGGCUCUGCAACGAACAGAGACAAGGAGGAUGACAGCAUCGAGUCCUCAUCCGCGUCGCCCGAUCUUGAAACCAGCCGAAAACGGCCAUUACAGGGGAAAACCGGCAAUGGAACACAGACAUCCAGCCGCGCAGCGAAGCGUACGAAAUCGAACCCCGACGAUGAUGGUUCCGACGGAGCCUCCACAGCGCCCGCCAUGGCACCGCCCGGUCGUGGUUCCGUGGCUGACACCUCGAGCACCUCGUCCCGGACGCAGCGCUACGUAUACGGUGCGGACCGCCCGGCCGGCGAUGUGCCCGGUGACGAAGGUGACGAUGAGGACCUGGCAGCAAAGCGGAAGAAGGAGGAGCUACACCGGAAAUUCGUAAAGAAGCUCGGCCGUCCCGACAGCCUGUCUCUGUUCGGAAGACGCGAGCCUCAGAAUGGGAGUGGGAGUCCAGGUCCGGAUGGAGAGGAUGAAGAAGGCGGCGGGAAUGAGGUUGAAGAGGACGAGCCCGCGCAAUUGGUCAAGACUAAAAAGAAAGGCGCCAAGACCGGCAAGUUGACUCCGAUGGAGAUCCAGUUUCUCGACAUCAAGAGGAAGCACAUGGAUACCAUAUUGGUUGUCGAAGUCGGCUACAAGUUCAGGUUCUUUGGCGAAGACGCUCGGAUUGCCGCCAAGGAGUUGAGCAUUGUCUGCAUUCCCGGAAAAUUCAGAUAUGACGAGCACCCUUCGGAAGCCCAUCUCGACCGCUUUGCCUCGGCAAGCAUUCCCGUCCAUCGCUUGAACGUCCACGUCAAACGACUCGUUGCCGCCGGCCACAAGGUCGGUGUGGUCCGUCAGCUCGAAACAGCGGCGCUCAAGAAGGCUGGCGACAAUCGUAACGCGCCAUUUGUCCGAAAGCUCACCAACGUCUAUACUAAGGGAACCUACAUCGACGAGACGGGCGAGCUGGACCAGCCCGCAGAAGGCACUGGUGCUCCCGCGGGUGGCUACUUGCUCUGCCUGACUGAGUCAUCAGCCAAGGGCUUGGGAGCAGACGAGAGAGUCCAUGUGGGCAUCAUCGCCGUCCAACCGGCAACCGGAGACAUUAUUUAUGACGACUUCGAAGACGGCUUUAUGCGGCGUGAGGUGGAGACCCGUUUGCUUCACAUCUCCCCUUGCGAGCUUCUCAUUGUUGGGGAACUCUCCAAGGCGACCGACAAGCUGGUCCAGCAUUUGGCUGGCAGCAGCACCAACGUAUUUGGAGAUAAGAGCCGUGUGGAGAGGGUCCCAAAAACCAAGACGAUGGCUGCAGAGGCUUACUCUCAUGUCACCCAGUUCUACGCCGACAAGGCCAAAGGCAACGACGAACGAUCAACGGCCCUCCUUGACAGGGUCCUGCAGUUGCCCGAGCCUGUCACGAUAUGCCUGUCCGCCAUGAUUACACAUCUGGCCGAGUACGGCCUGGAGCACAUCUUCGAUUUGACAAAGUACUUCCAGUCCUUCAGCACGCGACAGCACAUGCUGAUCACGGGGACUACCCUGGAAAGCCUGGAGGUCUACCGGAAUGCGACAGAUCAGACUGAGAAAGGGAGUCUAUUGUGGACGCUGGACAAGACACGAACGCGCCCUGGCCGGAGACUGCUGAGGAAAUGGAUCGGUCGUCCAUUGCUCGACCGGGAACGGCUGAAGGAGCGUGUCGUCGCUGUUGAGGAGCUGCUCGAGAACUGGUCCACGAUCAAGGUUGACAAACUAGGCGGUUUGCUUAGCUCAAUCAAGACCGAUCUCGAACGGAACUUGAUCCGUAUCUACUACGGGAAAUGCACCCGACCGGAGCUGCUCUCGACUUUGCAGACCCUCCAGCGUAUUACCAUAGAGUUCUCGGGGGUGAAGUCGCCAGCAGACACCGGCUUUACGUCACAAUUAUUAAGGGACGCUAUCUGCGCUCUUCCUGGUAUCGGCGACGUCGUCACCACAUACUUGGACAAGAUCAACCCUGAGGCGGCAAGGAAAGACGACAAGUACACCUUCUUCCGCGAUAACGAGGAGACCGAAGAUAUCAUGAACCACAAGCUGGGCAUCGCUGCUGUUGAGACGGAGUUAGAUGCACAUCGCAAGGACGCCGCGGCAAAGCUCUCCAGAAAGACCCCGGUUACCUAUGUCGCUGUCGCCGGUAUUGAGUACCUGAUCGAGGUGCCGAACACCGACCUGAAGCACGUUCCCGCCUCGUGGGUUAAGAUCAGCGGCACGAAGAAGCUCUCCCGCUUCCACACCCCAGAAGUCAUACGCUUGAUGAACGAGCGCGACCAGCACAAGGAAGCCCUCGCCGCAGCCUGCGACACGGCCUUCACCGACCUUCUCAGGUCCAUCGCAGCCGAGUACCAACCGCUCCGCGACGCCGUCGCCUCGCUCGCCACCCUCGACUGCCUCCUCUCCCUCGCCCAAGUCGCCUCGCUUCCGGGCUACAGCAAACCCACCUUCCUCCCCUCCACCGCCCCGCCCACUAUCACCAUCACCUCUGGCCGCCAUCCCAUCGCCGAACACACCCUCCCAGACGGCUACAUCCCAUUCACCACCUCCCUCACCUCCCCCUCCCCCAUCGCCCAGCUCAUCACGGGCCCCAACAUGGGCGGCAAAUCAAGCUACGUCCGCGCCGUGGCCCUGCUCGUCCUCCUCGCCCAAAUUGGCUCCUACGUCCCCGCCGAGGCUAUGUCCCUGACCGUAACCGACGCAAUCUACACGCGCAUGGGCGCGCGCGACAACCUCUUCGCCGGCGAAAGCACCUUCAUGGUCGAAGUCUCGGAAACAGCGGCCAUCCUACGGGGCGCGACCCCACGCUCGCUCGUCAUCCUCGACGAGCUGGGCCGCGGCACCUCUACCCACGACGGCGCCGCCAUCGCCCACGCCGUGCUCGACUACGUCGUCCGUGAGACGCGCUGUCUCACCCUGUUCAUCACGCACUACCAGUCCCUGGCGCGUGUUGCGGAAGGGCUGGGAGACGGUAGGGUACGGUGCGUGCACAUGCGGUUUGAAGCGACCAAGACGGCCAACACCAAAAGCAAACCCGGCCCCUCUGGCGAUGGCGACGGUGAUGGUGCAGACGAGAUUGACGAUGUAGACGACGAGGAGAUCACCUUCCUGUACGAAGUCGCCGACGGGGUGGCUCACCGGUCGUACGGGCUCAACGUGGCGCGGCUGGCGCGGAUUCCGCGGCGGGUGCUGGAUGUGGCGGCGCGCAAGUCACGCGAGAUGGAGGAGGCCGUCAAAGCGCGGCGGCUGCGCGGGGCGGCCCGGUUGCUGGAGGAUGUGGUCAAGGCCGGCGAGGGUUGUGGGGAAGUGCAGCUGGAUCACCUGGUGUCGAGUAUUGAGCAGUUGUAG